GCCUUGAGUGGUGGCGUUUGAUUCUUUCUGAUUUGAACUGGUUACAAAGUGGUCCUGGAUGGCAUCAGAUGUGCGACCAGGACAGGAUGUUUUAUAUCCAAGAAGAGGAGGGGGGAAAUGCGCAUGGUCUAUCCCUCUUCGAACCCAAGUCAACAUCCAAGCGUAGCAUUUACGUCAGAGGUCCCUCUACGGUGUGAAAUGGUUGAUUGCUUUGCUUUUUUUCUUCCCUCUUCAUUCGUGGUUUGGCACAGUUUCCAUUUUCUUCUGGUUCUGGCCCCAAUGACCAGAUGCAGUGCCGAGAGAACCGUGUGUGAAGGUUCGAUGGUGGGAGGGAGAUAGACAAAGUGCUGGCUCCCCCAGAUGCGUCAUAGUUUUCUCUGCUUGAAUGCCCUUGUUCGUCUUCUGCCCAACAACAAGCAUUGAU